GGUUUCACGUUGAACGCUGAAGCUCACAUCAAUGCCAUCGUUCAAGUAUAUCACAGGCUACUAGCUAACUAUUUAUAGUUGUAUUGUUCUCAGCUACAUCUCAUCUCAUAACCAGGCCAACCUAAUACAGCAGUACAUAUGGAGCUGACCUGGGAGGACGUCCCGCUCCCAGCCCCAGACUGUCUAUUAUUCAACAAAGACCUCUAUGACAAGUACUCCCUGGCGCCGACCAUGAAGGGACUCUGGGCUAUCGCUGAAGUAAGUCCCGCAGUAAAGGUUGAAGUGAAGGAGGAGUUAGGGGACCCAACAGGACCAGCCAAGCUCCCCUCUACACAGAACCAGUCCAAAAGCAGCAGCAGUAACAUCAAGGAUGAGAGGAGUGGCACCAGAGAGCCCUGUUCUGACAGUCAGGAUGAACACAGUGACCAUAAAGAUGAUCACCCACCUGCUGGUGAGGCAGUCUCCAGUCACCCUAGGCCCCCCGGCCAGGACCCCAGCCACCCUAGGCCCCCCGGCCAGGACCCCAGCCACCCUAGGCCCCCCGGCCAGGACCCCAGCCUUCCCGGCCUUCCCGGCCAGGUACCAGAGAUGUUCCCGGAGCCCAGGGUACCAUACCCCUGUUUCUCCAGACUCACCAGUAAAGACCAGCUGACAUAUCUCCGUGUGCUGACCAGCAAACAGCCCAGAGAAGCUCCUCAGACUCUGUUGCUGCAUGUGAACAGUGAGAGGACAGAGUUCAUGAGGUACCUUCAGGAAGUGGCCAGGAUGUGUCCCGACGACUACAACUACAUAUCCCAGGGGGCCGCGCUCUUCUCAGAGGAGUACCUGAGAGCCUGUCUAGACCAGAUGAGGAAGUAUCCCCAACUCUAUCUGAUCCAUGAGAUAACCAGCCUCACAGGAGGAAACUUCUCAUCCAGCCUCCAGCUCAACUUUGAGAAACAGCUCCUUACUAUGGGCGAGGUGGUGAUCACAGACCACAAGGUGGUGCCUAAUGAAGCGCAGUUGGCAUUUGACUACGAGACUGUUUCAUCAGAUAUUCCUCCAGUGAAGAAAGCAAAGCUCUCACACUCUGGCGUCAGUACUGACAGUAAUGCAGAGAAGCUGAGUGGUCGGUAUGAACCCCACGUUGUCCUGAGUAGAGAAAGUCUGGUCAGACUGCUGGACAACCACGGUCCGGACUUCACUGACCCCUGGGAGUUACCUGUAGUGGUCAAAACCAACCCUGGGAGAGGAAGUAAACAGAGCAAGACAGUGUACAUCGACCCUCCACUACUGCAGACAGCGAUGACUGUGAGAGAGAGGAGUCUGCUGUUCCAUGAGGAGAGCAUGAAGCUGUCAGUCAACAAGACUGGAACUAAGAAUGUCUUCCACCUCAUGACUGAGGUUCCAGCUAUGGACAGACAACUACCCGCUGAGAGCUCCCAGAGGAGGCUGGUGUCGUUUGAGAGCUCUGGUCUGGACUUUGGUCUGGAUCUCACAGACCUAGAAACAUUUGGAGAAACGACUCAGUCCCCCAAGAGGCUGAAGACCCAUAAACUACAGAAAGACUUGGUUAGUCAGCCUAAAGACUUGGUCAGUCAGCCUAAAACCAAGUCUAAACAGUACAGUGGGACACUGGUUAAAGAGGUCUCUAAGGCCAGCACUAGUCAGGAGGAAGAGCUGAACUUCAUGACAGACAUGAAGGUGGUUUCAGAGAAAGAGCAUGGAGAGCAGAGCUGUGCUGAACAAUCAUUGGCUGCUACUGUCCCCUCAGCCAAUCAGCUGAAGCCUGGCUCUUUACAGGACUCUGAGGAGCAGUUAUUCUCAGGUGGAGACUCGGAGGACGAGCGCCUGGUGAUCGAUGACCCUGUAUCUCCAGUCACCACCACCAACAGGUUACCCCCGACCACGGUGACCCAACUCUCCCCAACUCAUCAACAGGACACCCCACGGUCCCCCUCCGCCCCCAGGGACAGACCCAGCCUCGCCUCGUCACCACCACUCCCCGCCACUGGGACAAGGAGAGUGUCCAGGAAGGCUAAGGUACCAGGGUGCUGUGACCAGCUGGGUCAGAUCUUAGCCAUGCAGAAAGCCAUGCUCAAACCCAACCCCUCUAACAUCCAGACCCAGGACCCAACCAGCCCCUGGUCCUCCCAGCCCGCAGAAUCCCUCUCCAACCCAAACCCCCAGUCGCUGGUGAAGCCCUGUGUCUCCAUCUACCUGGAGAGUACCCAGGAUGGAGAGACGUAUGUCGACGCCCCUUCUCGGUCUGCACCAAUAGUCAACAGGACGACUGUACAACAGAAACGGCUGCUGUGUGAUGAUCUCAUGGUGGGGGCUGAGGAUGAGGAGGACUAUUCCUCUCCAGAGGAAGGAAACCUGCUGUAUAAACUGUACAGUCUACAGGACCUGCUGCUGUUGGUGCGGAGCGACGUCUGUCAGGCCUAUACCCGCAGGCUGGGCACCAGCAACAAGGUGGUUCCUGUCUAUAUCCUGUCCAAGAUGGAGUACCAGCUUUCUUAUGGAGUGGAGAGUCUAACUAAGACUGAGGCCUGCCGGCUGUGGGCUGAGACACGCCUACACUCCAGCACUGUCUGCUAUAUAGGUCAUAUCAGUGCCCACACAUCAAAGGUAGCUCUGCUCCGGAAGCUGCCAGAAAACUGGAAACCCAACGCUUCCUGUGACUUCAAACCAGCCAAGUCCCUCAACAUACUGCAUCAUCUGCUGAAGAAGAUCACUGGGUUAACUGAGGGCCACAUUCUGAUCUGUGCGAGCCCUUCGUCGGCCAUCUUCAAGGCAGCCGGAGGCGAAGGAUUGUCCGAGGGCCCUCGGGCCACCCCACAACAACCCACCGCACGCCCCCUCCCUCCUGCCCUCUGCCCUCUACCCUGGUACCCUGACCACCGCUGGUCCUGCCCCUUCCACCAGAAACCCGGCCCCCUGCCCUUCCCCCUCCACACCUGCGCCUCAGG